UAUUAGGCUGUGAGCCUAGUUUGAGUAGUGAGUACUAAUAGUACACACAGAAGUAAUUAUAAAAGCAAAUCCCACUGAAAUUCCAUUCUCCCGGCCACAAAACCAAACCCUAGUUUUAAAAAUUUUUGUUUACCCUUCUUAGCGCCACUAAUUUAAAAAAAAAUUCCACCCACUGUUUUCCCUUCCCCCCAGUAAACCACUUCUCUUCCCACCCACUAUAUAUACUGAGUUUUUCCCUCACUUUGCUUUUACUCUUCGAAACCCAAACCCCACUUCAAUCUAUUUUUACUUCCACUACUUCCUGUUUUAAUGUUUUUAAUUUCUCCGUGUUUGAAAUUUUGAAAUCCCUCUCUUUUUUACUUUUGCUGUCUCUGAUCGAUUUCUCUGUGUGUGUGAGUGAUGGCGCGUGGUAGAAAGCGUGUUGCUGAGAAUGAGAAAGGGGUUGAGCCUGUGAAGAAGAAGCGCGGUAGAGCGAGAAAGGUUGAUGAUCAGAAAGAGGAAGAGAGAGUGGAAAAUCAUGGAGUUUUGGCUGAUGAUGAUGAUGAGCUGAACAACAAGAAGGGAAACGACGGAGACGAUGACGUUUCGGAUGUCAGAGAGGGAGAGAAGAAAGGAGAAGGAGAGGCUGUUGUGAAUGCGAAACGGCGUCGCGGAAGGAAGCCUAAGGCUGUGGUGGAGGGAGAGGUUUUGGAAAAAGGAAGUCAUUCUGUUUUGGCCGAUCGGCAGAAGGAGUCGAACGGCGGCGUUUCGUACGGUGCCGGAGAGGAAAGAAAGGAGGAGGAGAAACGGCGUCGCGGUAGGAAACCUAAAGAGGUGGUGGAGAACGGAAAGCCGGAUUCCGCCGAGGAAAAGGAAAAUCAUCCUGUUUUGGCCGAUCAGCAGAAGGAAGGAAACGAAGAUGAAAAGAAGGAAGAGGUUGUGAAUGCAAAACGGCGUCGCGGAAGGAAGCCUAAGGUUGUGGAUGAAGGAAAGGAAGAAGUUUUGAAAAAUCAUGAGGAGCAAAAUGGCGAGGAAGAGAAGAAAGAAGAGGUCUUGAAUGGUUCUGUUGAGGAGGAGGAAGGGAUUGAGGGAGUGAAGAGUAGGUUGAGAAAUGGCGGGAUUAAGAAGGUUAGUUAUGCAGUCGAUAAUGAUGAUUCUCCAGUGAAGAGUAAGCGAGGAAGGAAGAAGAAGAAGCGAAUGAAUGCUAAUAAGACUGAAAAAACUGCUGAGGAAAACGAUGGGUUGGAAAAGCCGAAGAGGAAGCGUGGCGCGAGGAAAGAUUUGGCUGAGGAAGAAGAGAAGGGGAAUGAAGAAUCUGCUGAAUGGAGUGCUGGCUAUUCGUUGAGAGCAAAGAGAACUCAAAAUCAAAACUCAGAAACUUUUGAAAAGAUCAAUAAGCAUGAUCCAAAGUGGAUUGAAGAGGUGUCUUUGAUGUGCCAUCAAUGUCAGAGGAAUGAUAAAGGCAGGGUUGUUCGGUGCAAGAAGUGUAAGAGGAAGCGUUAUUGUAAACCUUGCUUAGAUAAUUGGUAUCCUAAUAUUGAGGAGGAUUACAUUGCGGAAGCUUGUCCAGUAUGCCGUGGAAAUUGCAAUUGCAAAGCAUGCUUGCGUUUGGAUGUACCUGUAAAAAAUUUGAAGAACUUAGACUUGCAUAUCAGUGAAGAUGAGGAGUUUGAGCACUAUAAGUAUAUGCUACAAGUACUUCUUCCACUUUUGCAACGGAUUAGUGAAGAGCAAAUGGUUGAGAAGAAUUUAGAGGCUAAAAGACAGGGGUUAUUGCUUCCAGACUUAAAGAUUGAAAAAGCAGAUUGCCCUAUUGAUGAGCGUGUGUACUGUGAUAUCUGCAGAACUUCUAUUUUUGAUUUUCACCGAAGCUGUCCUAAAUGUUCGUUUGAUCUAUGUCUUACCUGUUGCCGGGAGAUUCGUGAUGGACAUCUGCAGGGAGGUGAGGAGGAAGUGGUUAUUGAGUAUAUUGACCGUGGAUUUGACUAUUUGCAUGGUGGAAAGGGGGAAAAAGUGAAAUUACCUACUGAGACUAGCUCAAUGGAUAAUAUAAAGUCAAAAUCUGAGUGGAAAGCCAAUGAAGAUUCUACCAUACCUUGCCCCCCUGAAGACAUGGGUGGUUGCGGUCUUGGUAUUCUUGAGUUGAAAUGUAUGUUCUCACACUCAUCAACAGAAAAGAAGAAGAAACCAACAGAAAAGAAGAAGAAGAAACGUGUUUUCUCAGAAAUUCCGGUUUCAGAGUUGGUGAGAAGAGCUGAAGAAAUUGCCAAAACUUACAACUUAAUGGAUGUGGCUGCUGCUCAUUCACAAUUUUGUCCGUGUUUCAAUUCAGCAGGUGAAGUGGACUUAAGCAAUGAUAAGUUACGGAAAGCAGCUUCUCGAGAAGGUUCUGAUGACAACUAUUUGUAUUGCUUGGGGGCCCAAGAUAUACAACAUGAGGAUUUGAAGCAUUUCCAGUGGCAUUGGAGUAGAUCUGAGCCUGUGAUUGUGAGUGAUGUACUUGAAUCUGCAUCUGGUUUAAGCUGGGAGCCGUUUGUCAUGUGGCGUGCAGUCCGUCAAUUGAAACAUAUCAAACAUGAUAGAUUGUUGGAAGUUAAGGCCAUUGAUUGCUUGGAUUGUUGUGAGACUGAUGUCAAUAUCCAUGAGUUCUUCACUGGGUAUACAGAGGGACGGUAUGACCGUUAUUCGUGGCCUGUGAUACUGAAACUAAAAGAUUGGCCUCCAUCUACAUUAUUUGAGGAACGCUUGCCACGUCAUGGUGCUGAGUUUAUCUGUUGCUUGCCUUUUAAGGAAUAUACACAUCCACGCAAGGGUGUUCUAAACAUUGCUGUCCGGUUGCCUGAUGAAUCUCUCAAGCCCGAUAUGGGUCCCAAGACGUAUAUUGCGUACGGAGCUGCACAGGAGCUUGGCCGUGGGGACUCUGUCACCAAACUUCAUUGUGACAUGUCUGAUGCGGUAAAUAUUUUGACACAUACUGCUGAAGUGCCACUUAAAGAGGAUAGCCUUGAGAGUAUAGAAAAAUUGAAAAAGAGGCACUUUGAGCAAGACCAAAGGGAAUUAUUUGGAGAUUUUCAAGCUGUGGAUGAAAAGGUUGAGACUAAUGUAUCUGUUGUUGAGUCUUGCAAAGUUAGUGCUGAUGAUAAAAAUAUUAGUAGUGGAUCUGGGGAUCAAAACACUGGUAUAACUGUUGAACGUGCUGAUCCUAUUGUUGAACUUAAUGGUGAUUGUGGUGAGUCAUGGUUGAAUGGGAAGGACUUUUCAAGUGGAUCAGAGCUGGAAAAGAAUGAAGGGGCAAAAGUGGACCAAGAAAACAGUGGUGGGAGUGAUACUACAAUUUCUGGAAAUAAGUUGGACAGGUUAGAAGCUUCUCAGGGUGGUGCCAUCUGGGACAUUUUCCGGAGACAAGAUGUUCCGAAGCUGCAGGAAUAUCUUAAUAAGCACUUCCGGGAAUUUAGGCACAUCCAUUGUUGUCCAUUGCAGCAGGUUGUUCACCCUAUACACGAUCAAACAUUUUAUCUGACUUUGGAGCACAAAAGAAAGCUCAAGGAGGAAUAUGGAAUUGAACCGUGGACAUUUGUCCAAAAUCUUGGAGAUGCUGUCUUCAUUCCUGCUGGCUGUCCUCAUCAAGUACGAAAUUUAAAGUCAUGCAUAAAGGUUGCACUCGAUUUUGUCUCACCUGAAAAUGUUGGUGAGUGCAUCCGUUUGACUGAUGAAUUCCGUACACUUCCCCAGAAUCAUAGGGCAAAGGAAGACAAGUUAGAGGUGAAGAAAAUGACUAUUUAUGCUAUGAGACACGUUGUAGGAUGUUUGGAGAAGAAACUAAGGCCCGAGACGACGUCAGUUUCUGUUUCUGAAGAUUCAAAGUAGGUUCAACUUCGUUGGUGUAUAUUUUUGGCUGGUGAAACCGAAGUGUAUUGGUGGUUUGUAAAUACAGCUGGGUUAUCUGUAACACUUUCCAGUAUAUAUUAUUUACGUGCUUUUUGUCAAGGCCUCUUGUCCUCUGCACUCCAUACCCUAGUUCUUGGAAGGUUAUGGAGAAUUUUGUUCUAGUCCUACCAUCUUUUGGGAAUGUGAAGCACGGGAGAUUAGUAUGUACAUGCAAGAACCAGGUGGAUACUGACUGCAGGUAUUACUCAUUAUGAAUUGUUGUAUGAAUUAUAUUAUAUGGUAAGUAUAUCAUGUUAGUUGGCGGCAUGUGUGUUUGAAUUUCA